AUGCUUAAUAGUACGAUACAUCAUCAUCAUUAUAAACAUGUAGAUUUUAUAAAAAUCAUUUUAUAUAUUUAUUGGAUAUGUUCAAGUUAUGUAAAUUGUAUGAGAUAUAAUACAGUUUAUCAAAAUGAUGAUUUAUCAUCUGUCUAUAAAAUGCCUAAGAAACAUUCAAUGAAAUUGAAAGUUUUCAUUGAAUGUCGUCGUGACUGUUCAACUAAAUGUAAUCAUAGUCUGUUUGUUUAUUUGGCUAAUGAAAAUGAAUGUUACACUUGUUUGAUUGAGUGUAUGUCUGCCUUUACACAACAAGCGGAGAAAGUUGGAAUUCAAUUAAAGGAUAUAAAGAAAUCAAACGAUGCUAAUUUAUUAUCUGAUAGUUUGUAUGCACCUGGAAAGAAAGUAAGACGUCGUCAUCUUCGUCAAGACCAUAUCACACAAGAACAAUUUAGAAAAAGAUCAGAAUGAUAACUACAGAUUAGUACGAUGAAUAUUCCUAAUGUCCAUCUAAGUUCUAAAAACUGAAAUAGUGACCAUAAUUUAUGACAUUGGAUGAAUAAACAUAAACCAACAAUAUAUUAUAACUAUCAUUAUUAUC